AUGGGGAAGCCCUCUGGAGACCCUAGCCUCCGCCUUAGGGUGGGCACGCUCGCCUCCGGAGUGGUACAGCCCCCGGGGGUGCAGAGGGAGAGGGCGCGGGCGGGGAGGAGCUUGCUGGCGCCUCUCGGCUUCCACCUGCUCCCGCACCCCGACCUCGCCUCCUCCCGGGAUCACCGCCCCACCGCCCCUGGGAAGCAGGAGCAGAGAGCGGUUAGCAGGAAGACGGCCCUCCGGGAGGCGCACGGGGGGCUGCUCUUCGCCCCAAGGCUGCCCGCGCUGCUGCCCCGCUGCCAGGACCCCGCAUCUCCUCCCCCACGCCCUCCUCUCUCCCAGCUCCGGCCGCGUCUCCCCGCACAGACCCCCGGCUCCGGAGCCGCGAGCUCGCGCGCCUGCCCCAGCGCUCCCGCCGCCGCCGGCGGAGCCGAACCGCGCCCGGGCCGCGCUCGCCGCCUACCUGGGGCCGUCGGAGCCCGGGGCCUCGGCGCCCGGGCUGGCCUGGCUCGCCCCGGCUUCGCGCCGCGUUCGCGGGCCUCGGCUCCUGCCCGGGGCCGCCCGCGUCACCCCCUCGGUGGCCCCGACUGCGGACGCGGACGGCGGUGCGCUGGGGCGGCGGCGGGCGGGAAGGCAGGGCGGGCGCCCGGCGGCCGAGGCGGGUUAUAUGGGCGGGGAGGGGAGGCGCCGCGGGGCGGGGGCGGCCGCGGGCCAGAGCGCCUUUCGCAGCCCGGCGGGCGGGAAGGCGGCGCGGGCCGCUCGGCCGGCAGGAGGAGGGCCGGGCCCGGGCCCAGGGCGCCCCCGCCGCGCGGGACCCUCCCCCCGCCCCGCCUCCGCAGCUGGCCGCGUCCGAGCCGGGUCUGGGGGCGCCUCGGUCCCGCCCCCUGCCCGCCCCUGCCGAGCCCCGGUGGGGACCGCGGGCGCAGGGGGGGACGUGGGGCUGGCGCGGGGACGGUCAGGGGAUGCGCGGGAGCCGGGCCGGACACGGGGCCCAACGGCGCGCCCCGACGCCCCCGUUUCCUCCGAUUUCCCUCCUCCCCCCAGACGCGGCCGGUCGGCCUCAGCGACACCCCUCCCCGUCCCCUCCCCGGCGCUGGGUCCCUCCGCAGGCAGGGUGCCUGGAUUUGGGGUGCCGUAGGGAGCGCCGCGCUGAACCCCGGGGUCCUGGAACCGGGUAAGGGCGCCCCGCUGUCCCGUCCGCAGAGAGCCCUCCCGGCCGGGGUCAGGAGUGAGCCGCGCGGUCCCGGGGGAGAGAGGAGCCCUUUGCGUCCGGCGGCACCGGCGGCUCUCGGCGGCCUAGGGGGCCCGGCCACCCACUGCCAUCCCCGAGCCCCGCCCGGCACUGCGGAUCCCGCGGGACCCCUCCGGGGCGCGGCUCUCCCGGCCCCACGGCGCUCUUCCUGGGCCGAGGGGUCGCCUCACGGCCCCAGGAGAGUAGGUCGAGACGCCAACGCUCCCGGGUCGCGGCCCGCACGCUGCUCCUUGCACCUGCCGCCGCCUCCUGGCCUCGGGAGCCGGAUGCUUUUCCGCGUUUGCGCGGGCGUUUGCGCGGGCGUGCGCACGGGAAUUCACAGCCCCCGUGUGUCCGUGCGCCGGCGACAAGUGCCUUUCGGCCGGCCGGGCCACACGGCGGGCAGACCGGAUUCCAGGGCCCCGUCCCGGCACGCAGGGCCUCCCGGAUUCUCCCAGCGCAGGGCCGCGCUUCACCUGGCGGCAGGCUCUGGCCGCUGGCGCGCACCUUUAUCGCGCCCCUCGCUGGCUCCGCGCGAGGCGGGGGCACAGAGGCGGAUGCCACACAGGGCCCUGGAGCUGGCUGGGGACAGACAAGGUCAGCACCUCCAGAGCAGGACGCACCCCUCCAUUCUCCCGUUCUGGGAGGUGCGGGGCGUCCGCUGGGAGCGAAAAGCACCCAAGCCGGGUCUCGGUUCUCAGGAACGCACGGUCGGGUGUGGGUGUCGGGGUCCGCGCCCUCGGGGUCCGGCCCGCGUGGCGAAAGGCGUGGGGGAGGCAGGCCGCUCAGCCGAGGGCGCCGUCGGGGACACCGGGAGCUAG